AUGAGUAAUCUCAAGCUAGUAGUCGAGGUCGUGCGGGCCCACAACCUAAUCCCCAAAAACGGCCACGGCUCGUCAAACCCGUAUGUCGAGCUGGAGCUCGACGGCCAGAAAUUCCGUACAACCGUCAAGGAAAAAGACCUCGACCCGUAUUGGAACGAGUCGUUCGUUUUCAACAUAUCUGACCCGACCCACCUGCACGGCCUCACGCUCGAGGCCCACGUGUACAACACCAAUAAGCCCGGAAGUUCUAAAUCCUCACUCGGAAAGAUCCGGAUUUCCGGCUCGUCGUUUGUUCCCUAUGCCGAUGCCGUCGUUUUCAACUAUCCUCUUGAAAGAGGUAGCAUGUUUUCGCGCUCGACGGGUGAGCUCGGUUUAAAAGUUUACUUAACCGAUGACCCGUCCAUCAGGCCUUCCGUGCCGGUUCUCGAGACGAGCCUUCCGGACGAGUCGCCUCCUCGGAAACCGGGGAAUCGAGUGCCGAAUGGAAAAAAGGGGUCAAGACGCACGUUUUUUAAUCUCUCCGCCUCGAGUAACCAGCAAAAACCGGUUGUAUAUGGGGGGGAUAGUAAUCGUGUGAGGCCUGAACCAGUAACCGGGCCUGUGUAUGCGGGCCCGUUCGUACAUCCUGGUGUGGAUUUCACACUAAAGGAGACGAGCCCGGUUCUUGGAGCGGGCCGGGUCAUGUACGACCUGGUCGAGCCCAUGCAGUUCCUUUUCGUGAGGGUCGUGCGGGCCAGCGGACUCCCCCGAGAGCCCGACCCGUACGUGGAGGUCCGGCUCGGGAACUACCGAGGAAUCACGAGGCACUUUGAAAAGACCGAUUCUCCCGAGUGGAACACGGUUUUCGCGUUUUCCAAGGAUAGAAUCCAAUCGUCAGUUCUUGAAAUCAUCGUCAACGACAAGAACAUGGUUAAGGACAAUUUUGUCGGUGCCGUUCGGGUCGAGCUCAAUGAAGUCCCCACACGGGUCCCACCUGAAAGCCCCUUGGCCCCACAAUGGUAUCGUCUCGAGGACAAAAAGGGGAAAAAAAAGGAUAAUAAAGGCGAGUUGAUGUUGGCGGUUUGGGUCGGGACUCAGGCAGACGAGGCAUUUCCCGAGGCAUGGCAUUCGGACAGCUCGUAUUCGUCUUCGUCGGCACACACGCGCUCCAAGGUGUACCACUCGCCUCGUUUGUGGUACGUUCGGGUGAACGUGAUCGAGGCUCAAGAUUUAGUCUCGGUUAAUGAGAGGAAUCAUCUCCCGAGCAUGCACGUGAAGGCUCGAAUCGGGAACCAAAUCGCGAAAACGAGGCUCGUUUCGUCUCGGAGUGGAAACGCCACUUGGAACGAGGAUUUGAUGUUUGUUGCGGCCGAGCCGUUAGACGACCAAAUCGUGCUCAUGGUGGAGGACCGCGUGGGCCCGAAUAAAGACGAGGUUCUUGGUAAGGUUUCUAUCCCGUUGUCCACGGUCGAGAGGCGCGCGGAUGAUCGAGCCGUGAACUCUCGAUGGUUUAAUUUGCGAAAAACGAGUGAUGAUGAUGAUAUUGAGGUUGAGUCGAAGAAAGAUGUAAAGUUUGCUAGUCGGGUUCAUAUCCGGGUUUGCCUUGACGGUGGGUAUCACGUCUUGGACGAGCCCACGCACUACAGUAGCGACCUUCGCCCGACCGCCAAACAGCUCUGGAAGCCUCCAGUCGGGUUUCUCGAGCUCGGGAUUCUAAAUGCUGAUGCCCUUACGCCCAUGAAGACCCGAGACGGUCGUGCCACGUCAGACACUUUCUGCGUCGCAAAAUACGGGACGAAAUGGGUUCGGACGAGAACAAUCACCGACAGUUUGAAUCCGAAGUACAACGAGCAAUACUCGUGGGAGGUUUACGACCCGGCCACCGUCUUAACUGUCGGAGUUUUUGACAACUGUCGCGAUAGUGAUGCUCGGAUCGGGAAAGUUCGGAUCCGAAUCUCGACUCUGGAAUCGGGUCGGGUCUACACGCACUCGUAUCCGCUUCUAGUGCUUCAUCCCUCGGGAGUGAAGAAAACGGGCGAGCUCCACCUGGCGAUCAGAUUCUCUUGCACGUCCGUUUCGAGCAUUAUGUGUCUCUACUCGAGGCCUCUCCUCCCGAAAAUGCACUACAAAAUGCCUCUAAACAUGGCACAGCUCGAUAACCUACGUCGCCAGGCUGUCGCUAUAGUUGGGGCCCGUUUGGGUCGGGCCGAGCCUCCUCUUAGGAAGGAAAUCGUCGAGUAUAUGAUCGAUGCCGAUUCACAUUUAUGGAGUAUGAGGCGUAGCAAGGCAAAUUUUUUCCGGCUGAUAUCCGUUUUCAACGGGCUUUUCACGUUCGGAAAAUGGUUUGCCGACGUGUGUAUGUGGAAAAACCCGGUUACGACUAUCUUGGUUCACGUGCUGUUUGUCAUGCUCGUUUGCUUUCCCGAGCUGAUUCUCCCCACUAUUUUCCUCUACAUGUUUUUGAUUGGGCUGUGGAACUAUCGGAACCGACCGAAUUAUCCUCCGCACAUGGACGCGCGCUUGUCGUGCGCGGACCACGCGCACCCGGACGAGCUCGACGAGGAGUUCGACCAUUUUCCAAGCGCGCGGGCCCACGAGCUCGUCCGGAUGAGGUACGAUCGGCUGAGGAGCGUGGCCGGCCGGGUGCAGACGGUGGUGGGUGACUUGGCGGCACAGGGGGAGAGAGUCCAGGCUGUGCUGAGCUGGCGGGACACUCGGGCAACCGUUAUAUUCAUGGUGUUCUGUGUUGUGACAGCUGGCUUGUUGUAUGCCGUGCCCUUCCAGCUGGCGGUUGUUUUAUCGGGAAUGUAUGUGAUGAGGCACCCGAGGUUUCGGGGGAGGCUGCCGCCGGCAGCAGCGAACUUUUUCCGGCGGCUUCCGGCGAGGACCGACAGCAUGUUGUGA